AUGUCCUUAAAUAAUGAUUCCAUUGCACGUAAUAAACCAUUACUACGUGAUAUAGAUUCUCAACGUAUACGAAUGACAACAAAUGAUUCUCACAUUCUUAAUUUACCUCCACCACCAUCAUCUAUGAAUCAUCCAAUAUCAAAUAUUCGUCCAUCACCAAUUCCAGGCAAUUUCAAUAUUCUACCACCACCACCACAACAACCACCCUCAACAUCUCCAAUGCUUGGUGAUACAAUGUCAACAUUCAAUAAAGAACGUUUACAUGAUGUUCUACAACAUGGUUUAGGCACAUAUGUAUAUAUUGAACAUUUUGGUCUUGUACCCAAAUUAAAUCAUUUCUAA